UGUCACUCACGGGUCCGAGAGCCGAUAUCUCCCAGUGAGCGUGUUGAUGGAGGCUGAAAUGAACUCAGGAUCCGUUUAAUUUGCGUAGCGGUGUCGACCCUGUGAGGAUACACACUUCUGUUAACCGAGUGUCUGUCGGCUGCACAGGUAACAAACACAAACAGAAACACACGGAGAGAUAAUAACAUUAAAAUCGCUGUCAGGUGUUUAAUGGACGUAUGACGAUGUGAAGGCAUCUCUGGCACAAAGAUGCUGUGGUUCUAUCAACUCACCCAGGGAUAAACUGACAUUGCCUGUGCUGUUACUCUACGUCCACUCAGAGUGGAGAUGCUCUUCUGGACCAGGCUGUCGGGGGCAUGCGUCUGGCUCCAGACUCUGCUGACCAUUACAAUGUCUCACUGCCCUCCAUUAGCACCAAGUCCAGUCAACUACUCUGUGGUCUACACCAUGCCCUUCUUCCAGGCCCGGGGUCCCAUCCAGAACAUUGUGAACAACUCCCUCUACCAGGAGGUAUAUGUGGCCUCCAAAAAUGUGAUUGAAGCUGUGAAUAGGAGCUUGGAGAAGGUGUGGGAGCUCCGCACUGGGCCAGUGGGGACUCCAGAGUGCCAGAUAUGUCAUUUAUGUGACAUUGACAAGGACCCUAACUUUCCAGAGGACACCAAUAAUCAGAUACUUGUAUUGGACACACUUUUUAUGUAUUUAUAUUCAUGUGGAAGUUCUCAGUACGGUGUUUGCUAUUUCCACCAGCUGAACCCAAACAGAGAGCCGCCUUCUCACUCCAAGUGUUUGUUCAGAAAGGAUUCCAACUCUGCUGCCUAUUGUCCGGACUGUGUAGCCAGUCCACUUGGAACCAAAGUCACCAUGGUUGAAGAAGGUCAAACUGUCUACUUUUUUGUAGCCACCACUGUCAAUGACAGUGUGGCCCAGCGAUACGGCAGGAAGUCACUGUCGGUUCGCCGACCACUGGCCACUGAAGACGGGUUCUACAGUGACGUACGUGGUCUCACCGUCCAACCUGCACUUAGAAGGACAUAUCACAUUGAGUAUGUCUACAGCUUCUUCACUCAGGAGUUUGUCUACUUUGUCUCUGUCCAAAGAGAGAGCCCUGAUCAGGACUCAUCUCCAUUUCAAACUCGUCUUGGUCGUCUCCCACGGAAUGAAUGGGAGAUGAAGCGGUACCGUGAGGUAAUCCUGGAAUGCCGGUUCGAGCCCAAACGCAGAAGAAGAAAUGUGGCCAGUGAACCCUAUAAGGAUGUUGUCUACAAUGUGGUCCAGGCUGCUCAUUUUGGGAAGGCAGGCAGGGAAUUAGCGGAGGAGUUAGGUGCAGAAGAGGAGGACGACAUCCUGUACGGGGUUUUUGCAGUUACUGAUGACAGUGGGGUCACAGAGCAUGACUCGGCUCUGUGUGCAUUCCCAAUGGACAACGUUAACAAAGCAAUCGCUGACGGGGUGGACGACUGCUGUGAGUCGGGACCAGAGCAGCUCUCCAGAGGACUCUGCCAUUUCCAGCCCUGUGAAAGCUGUCCUCAUGAGAGCAUGGAGAACAAUGCCACCUGCAGAGACCAGCCCACAAUGGUGUCCAAGCCUUACUACAGAGUGGACCUCUUCAACAGACAGAUGACAGACGUCUUGCUAACCUCUCUGCUGGUGACAACCAUCGAGAACAAGACCGUUGCCCAUAUCGGCACUUCCAAUGGACGCCUGCUGCAGCUUGUACUGACAAGAUCCAGUCCUAUUAUUUUUGCCAAUUAUUCUUUGGAGGAGAACAAGAGAGUGUCACCCAUCGCUGCCAUUUACUCAUCAGAGUAUCUUCUCUUUGUGGUUGGAGAUAAGAUGAUCCAAGUGCCACAGCGAGGGCCAGGUUGCCUCCACUUCCUGACCUGUGCCAUGUGUCUAACUGCCCCCAAGUUUAUGGGCUGCGGCUGGUGCUCUGGCAUCUGCUCCUGGGAGAGCGAGUGUCAUAGUCACUGGGGAAAUGAGUCCUGUCCACCUGGAAUAGCUGGGUUUUUUCCACGCACUGCUCCACCUGAUGGCCAGACUGAGCUAACAUUGUGUGGAUGGGAGUUCCAGUCACCUUUAAGACCUGCCAUCACCUCUAGAACACAUCAGGUGCGACUGGGCCAAACUGCCUGCAUCGUCCAGCCAGUUAAAAGCAACAGCACACACCUUGUGUGCAAGAUCCGCUCUGGGUCCACAGAGCUGUCAACACCAGUCAACGUCACUGUGGAAGUCAGUGAGGAAAAAGUUGACAGACGCUACUACAUUGAUGGGAAAGCAGAAAUGACAGGUUUCACAUUUGUGAUUCCAAACAUCACAGAAAUCCAGCCCAACUAUGGACCUCGUGUUGGAGGCACACUGAUCACAGUGACUGGACCUCAUCUGGAUGCUGGAAAAACUAGGAGAGUCACUCUGAAUGAGGUGCCCUGUCCAAUAAAAAGAGUGACAAAGCCAAAAGGCAACGUAUCCUCCAUCAUCUGUCUGUCUGAGCCCAUAUCAGAGGUGAGAGACGUCCCACUAAGUGUUUUCAUCGACAAGUCUCCUGUCCUCACAACCAAGGUGUUUUACUACAAAGAGAAGCCAAAGGUCACAGCUGUGCUGCCCGACUGCAGCUUUGACCGAGGCUCGAGGAUCGUCAUUGAAGGAGAGAACCUGGACUCUGUGUAUCGCACCGUUAUCCGCUUUAGACCCAAUGAAAGUCACCUGAAACCUGUGACCAGAGACUGCAUAGGAAAGUCCUUACCAACAAGGAUGGAGUGUAUCACACCCGUGUUCCCCAGGGAUGAGACGGAGGAGGGACAGUUGUCUUUUGACAUGGACGGAGCAGUGGGUUUGUGGAACAAAGAGUUCUCCUAUCAUCCCUAUGGCAAACCCAUCCCGUUUGAAACAGAGGGCCAUGUGUUGAAUCUGUACCCAGGCUUCGAUGAAGUCUCACUACAUCACCAGAAGCUAAACCUGGUGAGCUCCUGUAUGACCAUCGUCAUGACAGUAGCCGGAGUCGACUGUGAUGCUAAAGUCCUGGACAAUGAAAUAACCUGCAGGAUCCCUAAAAACAUGACCAUCUCCAGGGAAGGUCUGCCAGUGAAGAUCUCCAUUAAUGGUCAAGUCCAUAACGUUGGCACAGUGGUGAGAGUGAGUAACCACUACAUGGUGGGGAUCGUUCUGGGGAUUCUGGCUGCCCUGGUGGCUGGAGCUGCUCUCGCCUUUGCUGUCAUGAAACAUCUGAGGAAAAAAAAGAAGGCCGCUAUGGUAGAGACUCGUCUGUCACACAACGCCAACCGCUCUGGAACCAAUAAUGUGGAACUUUCACCUGCAGGGGACUACAGGGGAGUUGUGUCCCGGAAUCUGUCCAUCUCACUCAGGGCUCCAGUGGUUUUCCCCAGACUGGCCUUUGCUGCUGACAGUAUUGAAGCUACUCUGACUCCUCUUAUGCCUCCGGAGAAAAUCUCCAUCUCCAGUUUUAGGCCAGAGCUGCUGGAGGAGGUGAAGGAUGUUCUCAUCCCUGCUCAGAUGCUUCUUGUGCAGCAUCAUCGCAUCAUAGGGAAAGGUCAUUUUGGAACAGUCUACCAUGGCUACUUUACUGACCACAACAACAGAGAAAUCCACUGUGCUGUAAAGUCGUUAAACAGAAUAACAGAUGUAGAGGAGGUGGAGCAAUUUCUGAAGGAAGGCAUCAUCAUGAAGGGCUUCCACCACAGCAAUGUUCUGUCUCUGCUGGGUAUACUCCUGCCUCAGGAAGGCCUCCCUCUAGUGGUGCUACCAUACAUGAAACAUGGGGAUCUGAGGCAUUUCAUACGCUGCGAGAAAAGGAAUCCCACUGUAAAGGAUCUGAUAGGGUUUGGGCUGCAAGUUGCAAAAGGGAUGGAGUACCUGGCCCAGAAGAAGUUUGUACACCGAGACCUGGCUGCACGUAACUGCAUGCUGGAUGAGUCCUACACAGUGAAGGUGGCCGACUUUGGCAUGGCCAGAGAUGUGUUUGAUAAGGAGUAUUACAGUGUUCAGGACCACAGGAAAGCCAAGCUGCCUGUCAAAUGGAUGGCUAUUGAGAGUUUGCAGACACAGAAGUUCACCUCCAAAUCAGAUGUGUGGUCCUUCGGGGUGCUUAUGUGGGAGAUGCUGACCCGAGGAGCCAGCCCCUACCCAGAGGUUGACCCUUAUGACAUCACACACUAUUUACUGAAGGGCAGGCGUCUACCACAGCCACAGUACUGUCCUGACCCUUUGUAUAGAAUUAUGCUACAAUGCUGGGACCCAGACCCAGAGCAGAGGCCUGGUUUCGCUACAUUAGUGUCAUCCGUCUCCAGCAUCAUAUCAGGCCUGGAGGGAGAACACUACAUCAGUCUGAACAUCACAUACGUCAACCUGGAUCAGCCGCGGCCUUACCCAGCUCUGACAGAGUCUGCUGAUGAGUGUGACUCCACAGAUGCCGAGGAGUCGGGUUCUGUCUCGUCCUGAUUCCAGUGAUCUGCUCAUUACAGUAACGCAUCAACAGUUUUUCACCACAGCCAGGUCAGACCAAUUACACACAGUUCUCAGGUGGUAUUCAAGUGGCUUUCAGGUGAUGUCCCAGCCAGUGUGAUGUCACAUACUCAAGCUCAAUGUGCCUAAACAGGUCGUGGCUCACAUAUGGUUGUCACCUGACCUCAAGACCUCUACAAACAAAUAGAGCAGCAGAGUGCGAGCCACAUUUGGAUGUCUCAGAAUAAAGCUGCGGCAUUGUUUGUUACAUACUGUAGACCAGUAAAUACACUAUAUGUAUAUACAGUAUGUGGGAUGAGCUAUGCGACCAAAGUUUUUUAAGUUUUUGAUUAUAUAUUGGUACUUGCUUGUAGGCAUGCUGUAUUUUCUAUCAUUGUGGUCAGUCUGUCCCUGAGAGAGAGUGUGAAACAGUAGCUCUACCAGAGGUAUAUGACGCCAUUCCUUGUAGUUAGAAGGUUUAGGCUGUGCUGGGGAUUUCCAUCAGUAUUCUAAAUCAGAGCUGCACACGUUUCAUAACUCUUCAGUUCUGGCCAUAUGACCCAACACGUUUAAUCGUAUGUGUCAAAAGAUUUACGCCCAUGGUCAGUUAAAGCCCAGUAGCUCACAACCUACCACAUUUUGCCCCAUAACUAGUUUGGUUUUGUGACAUUUGUGAUUUUUUUUGUUGGCUUGAUAGACCUCUACCACACCUACUUCAUCCGUCAUUCUUUUUCCAUGCCCCCGACCUACAAGACUAAAUUCUGAAGUACAGGAUGCAGCAAGUUUUUCCAGCAAGACCAACAUAGAAAACUUUUCCAUCAGCUACGAAUUCAACCCACAACCCACUAUUUGAAACUCUGUAGCCAGACAAACGAAUCCUCUUUACCCAAAUUUGGGAAAGAUACCUAAUUGUUAUUAUUACAGUAUGUUAGAUCUUCCAUUUUCAUUUUAGUCACAGUAUUUGAUAAAGGUUGUGUACUGUUACAGUUGUGUAGACUAUGUGUAUUUAUUUUUACGUAUGAUAUCCCUGCAUACACACUUUUUUAAUGUGUUGUGAUUUAUGUCGAGGAAUGUUCUGGUUCAGAUGUUAACAAAUUUUGAAGUUGUUUUGUUGCUUGUAUUUCAUGUCAUGAAGAAGUUGUAUUAAAAUAAAAUAUUUAUUUUUCUUUUUUAAA